AUGUCUGGUACACUCAAGUCCUCAUUAAUGUCUGGCACACUCAAGGCCUUAUUAAUGUCUGGUACACUCAAGUCCUUAUUAAUGUCUGGUACACUCAAGUUCUUAUUAAUGUCUGGUACACUCAAGUCCUUAUUAAUGUCUGGUACACUCAAGGCCUUAUUAAUGUCUGGUACACUCAAGGCCUUAUUAAUGUCUGGUACACUCAAGUCCUUAUUAAUGUCUGGUACACUCAAGUCCUUAUUAAUGUCUGGUACACUCAAGUUCUUAUUAAUGUCUGGUACACUCAAGUUCUUAUUAAUGUCUGGUACACUCAAGUUCUUAUUAAUGUCUGGUACACUCAAGUCCUUAUUAAUGUCUGGUACACUCAAGUUCUUAUUAUGUCUGGUACACUCAAGUCCUUAUUAA